CUGAGUCGCUGAGCGUCUCAGUCUCUGUAUUAGAGCCAUGUAUUAGUCCUGUAUGUGAAAUUACUGAAUCUGCGGACUCUGCAUUAUGGGGGACAUUUACCAGUAUCCCGUUUUCUUCGAGUGUGUCGGUCUGAGCCCGGAGCAACAGAAGAGGAUAGAAAAUUAUUUCCAUAUUCGUCGCAAAUCGGGCGGCGGGGAGUGUGGCUCGGUGACAAACGUAAACGACAAAGUUUACAGCAUUGCUUUCAAGGAGCGAGAGGCUCAGCAAAGAGUCCUGCAAAAAUCUCAGCAUGAGCUCAACUUUCCAGAUUGUACUCUGGUUCUUAACGUGAGAAACAGCCCAGCACCUCACAGCUCCUCGCCCAUCUCCCCCUCAUCUCCAGGCCAGCCAGUUAGCCUAACACCUGACGUAAGCUCAUCACAGAAGCAGCAGCCCUCUCUUGCAUCGAGCCUGCCACCCUGUGGUGAAGACUAUGAGCCAGAGGUCGAUAGCUAUCUUCUCCGUUACCUAACCGAAUGUCCAAACGCCGAGAAAGAACUGGCGACAGAGCUUGCCUCUGUGAACUGCUCUGCUCAGAUUUUCCCAGAUAAGGUUUUAGUCAGAAGGUUAUCCCAGCCUGGUGCUGUAGAUGAUAAGUGGAAAGCUGAGGUAAAGAAAGUUUUUGAUGGCUACCUCAUCCACUAUGAAGUGGAUCCUCGCAAAGUCAAAGCUUUGCUCCAGUCCUCCAGGUCUCCUCAGCAAAUGGAUGAGGUAAAGGUGUACUGCGAGGCUGGGUUGACAGUUGUGGUUGGGAAACGGUCUCAUGUGGAGGCCAAGUUAUUGGAAUUCGAAGACACAAACGUAAAAAGUCAAGCAUCAGGUCUGAGUGAGAAGCAAACUAGUCGUCGACUUGGUGAAGCCAAACUCCGCCUCCUCUGGGGAGAGAUUGAGCAAGGUUUGGGGGAACGUUUUCCAGAAGUGAAGGCCACACAGGGUGAUGCAGGUCAGCUGGUUCUGGAAGGUUCUGUGGAGGACAUUCUUAAGGCUGGACAGCUGGUAUCUGAGAAGGAGCAGUUGGUGUCAGAGUGCACAGUUUCUGACAAGAGCCCACAGUUUUUGGCCUUCCUGAGAAGAGUUUACGGAGGACCAGGGGUGCUAGGGGAUUUUUUGGGUGUUGGUGACAAAGUGGAAAUAGAGUUAAGAGACACAGAGCUACAUUUCUUUGCAUUCUCGGCUAAUAAACUCCAUGAUGCAGAAAAAAAAGUGCAAGAAAAAUUCAAGGAUGUCAGGUUUGAUGUUCCUACCUGCUCUGCUGUGCCACCGGAACUUCGGGAAAAACUUAAUUCCAAGACAAAUGAGUUGAACCAAGGGCAGUGCAGGGCUCAAGUUGUGUUUGGCUUAGACAGCAUGGUACACUUAGUGGGCCACACCAAAGAGGUUGAAGAACUGAGUGACAUUGUCACACAAUUUAUUUUGGAUCAGUCAAGUGUAGAAGGACAGGUCAUUCUCCCUUUUCCGGAGUUAGUAGAUUGCUUAACGGAGCUGUUACACCUGCUUAAUUUUGACUUUUCAGGGAUUACCAUACAUCCUUUACCAUUUUCCUCUCAACCAAUGGUAGUACUGGAAGGUCCAUCUGGAAAAGUGACUGAGGUUAGGAAUAGGCUGGGUCCACUUCUGCAGUCACUUGUUCAGGACAGAGUCACCAUUAGCAUGCCAGGGGCAGUAAGGUUUUUUGAAGGUCUCGCUGGAAAAGACAGCCUCUUAAGUGUUGGUCAAUCUCACAAAUGUCUCCUACAGCUUGAAGAACAACCUCAGAUUUGUAGACAAAAUUCAGGAGUUGCCAAAUACAACCUUUGUGAUGGGCUCCAGGUGCUGGUGUGUCAGGGUGACAUCACCACACAAUAUGCUGAUGCCCUGGUGAAUGCUGCUAAUGAAGACCUGGACCAUGGUGGUGGUGUUGCUGCUGCGCUGAGUAAAGCAGGCGGUCCUCAGGUGCAGAAAGAGAGUAAAGCCCUAGUGAAACAGACUGGAAAAAUCUCUACAGGCGAUGUGGUGGUGACCACAGGUGGAAACCUAAAAUGCAAGAAACUGCUGCAUGUAGUUGGGCCUGUAGGUGGAAAGUGUGGUGGCAAAGAGAGAGCAUUGCUGGAAAAGGCUGUCCGCUCUGCUCUGGAUUUAGCAGAAAUGAUGGAGUUCAAAUCCAUCGCCAUGCCCUGUAUCAGCUCCGGCUUGUUCCACGUUCCUCUCACUGUGUGCUCUGAGGCUAUAGUAACUGCCAUUAAAGAGUUUGGUAGUCAGGGAGGUCGAAGUCUGAGCAAAAUCAUCCUGAUUGAUAAGAAAGGAGAAGUGGUGAGGUCCAUGCAGGAAGCAUGUGACAAGAUUCUCCCAGGGACAAGUCCAAGAAAUUAUUUGGGAUUCCAGCCAAACCCAUCUGUCCUAAACACUGUAGGAGGAGCCACUGCUGGAGCUGCUGGAGGCGGUGUCCAAGUAGAGAUCAUUCAGGGAGCACUCGAGACCCAGCAGGUUGAUGCCCUGGUAUCUCCCAUGGUUGCCCAUGAUCCUCUCUCUUCCCGUGUUGGAAAUGUUCUGUCCAAUGUGGUUGGCCCUCAGAUGACUGCAAGGUUUAACAGGGAAGCAGGAGGCGCGACACUGCCUGGUGAAAUAGUCCUUGUGGAGAACUUACCUCCCCUGACAUGCAAAGCACUGAUCUUCCUCAACCUAGUCCCCUGGGACAACAAUCAAAAUGGAACAGCAGUGCAGGCGCUGAGACAAGGAAUCAGAAAAAUUCUGGCUUCCUGUCAGAUCAGAGGUUUUAGUUCAGUGGCUCUUCCUGUGGUAGGGACCGGUGCUGUCCUGCGUUUCCCUCACAGCGUGGUAUCCAGGGUUCUGCUGGAGGAGGUUGGCACAUUUGAAAAGAACAGAAACAACAGUGCACCUUUCCUGGUUCGCAUUGUGAUUCAUCCCAGUGACAAAGAGUCAAGCAAGGCCUUCCAGUCUGCACAGGGAAACGUGCAUCUCAGAGGAUUCACCAAUGAUGCAAACCCAGGUCAAGAGUCCUUCUACCGCCAUGUCUCUGUGACUGACCAUGAGGUCACAACCAUGCUGGGUGGAGUCAAGCUUCAGAUGGUUCGCGGAGACAUCACAAAUGGGGCCACUGAUGUCAUUGUCAACACAACUGACUUCUCUAACAACCCUUCUGGUGUCUCCAAAGCCAUUUUGACUGCAGCGGGACCCACUGUCCAAGCAGAGUUAGCACAAAAAGGAAAUCCAUCAGAUGACAUGUGCACCACAGGACCCGGGAUGCUGAGAUGUAAGGAAAUCAUCCACGCUCGCUUUCACUGUGAUCCUCAGUUGAUUCACAAGAAAUGCAAAAAGAUAUUGGAGUCGUGUGAAAGCAAAGGCUAUAACUCGGUGUCCUUCCCAGCUAUCAACACCGGAAUGGCUGGUAUGGCCUAUGAUAAAGCUUGUAAAGCCAUGCUGGAUGGGAUGGCCUCAGCUAUUGCAAAGACUAAACCAAAGUAUCUCUCGCUCAUCCACAUUGUCAUCAUGGAACAACCAGUCUUCCAGGCUUUCAGAACAGAGCUGGAGAAUCGCUUUGGACAAAUAGUCCCCUGUCACAUCAGCCUGAGAGAAAAAGCCAAACAAAAGCUCAAGAAGUGGCAAGAGAGACAUUCGAAAUUCUUCUCAUCAGCGGCACCACAAGAGAAAACCUUUGUGUCCUCAAAACCUCACCCAGCUGUGAUUCAUGUAAUUAGUUGUGGUCAUGAUAUCACCAUCCGAAGUGAUCUGGAGGCGAUGCUGCAGAAACAACUGAUAAAGAGGGAAGUGGAUGUGGAUGAUAUUUCCAGGCUUGAUCCCAUGGAGCUCGAUGCGGUGCAGGCAAAAGUCAAAGUCUUAGGAAUAAGCCUGGAGAACAAGAGAUGCCAAAGUUCGGAAAAUAGCAGAGCUGGAAACGCAUUCAGACCUGAUGCAAGAGAUCGGUCAGGAAAAGACGUCUAUGUGCUGGAAGGCCUAAAGGAGGACGUUUUAAGUGUCACUGACCUUAUAAGCAGAGCAACCCAAAAAGCACUUAGUAAAGAUCUUCUGGAUAAAGAAGAAGCAAUGGUGGCUCUUAAUGUCCAGUGGUCUUUAAAGGACAAAAAUGGAGAAUGGCAGGAGGUGAGUCUGCAUGACAACUACAAGCUGGAAUACGCUUACUCACAGAACCAAAAGUUUGACAUGGUUGCACCAGACGGCUCAAGGGUGAUCGCAGACCCGAAAGCACGAGAAGCCAGAAACGUCAUGACAGGAAUUACAUUAAGCCUAAAAAGGACCGAGUCUGGAGCACUGGAGUUACCAAAACACUGGGACCCUAUGCAGGAAGAAAUGUUCAAAAAGGUGGAGCUGCAGCCUAACUCGCAGGAGUACCGGGACAUAGCCAAGGGUUUCCUGAAAACAGCUAAAUACAACAUUUGCAAAAUUGAGCGUGUGCAAAACUUCUACCUGUGGAACGCCUAUAGUGUGUGUAAGCAGCGCAUACUUGCCAAGAAUGGACCAGCAGCAUUAGGUGAGAUGACUCUCUACCAUGGCACAUCGGCUGAGGCGUGCCACUGCAUCGAACGGGACAGAUUUGACAGGAGUUAUGCAGGACAACACGCUGCCAGGUAUGGAAGAGGUGUUUACUUUGCAGUCAAUGCAGAAUAUUCAGCUCAAAGGUUUUCCCCAGCAGACGCAGCAGGCUUAAAGCAGCUGUAUGUUGUUCGCGUCCUGACCGGCCGCUACACGCUCGGUAAUUCCAAGAUGAUUUCACCUCCUCCUCGAGGUUCAGAUCCCACUGACUGCUACGACAGUUUGGUGGACAACCAGCAGAAUCCCACCAUGUUUGUGAUCUUCCAUGAUGACCAGGCCUACCCGCAAUACCUUAUUACCUUCAAAUGAGGAAGACUGAGGAAGUCAUGCAUCAACGCUGCAGGGUCAAAGAAAUGUACCGCACAUUUCUACUUAGAAUUAUUAUGAUUAACUAUGCUUAUUUUGCCUUAAGUAAUGUAUCUCUGUAACAUAGAUUUAAGGUAUACUAAAAUCAAGUAGAUAUGUAAAGCAGACGUCAUCUCAGCCAACCAUUCAUUAUCAAGAUGCAACAUGUUCAAGAGAUUGGAAAAAAAAAGUUAUAACAUUUGCCCCAUUUAACAUGCAUUAAAUUUGUAUGACAGCUGGGAUAGCCUCCAGCCCCACAGCAACCCUGAACAGGAUAAGCAGAAGAGAAUGGAUAGAUGGAUGGAAAUUUCUACAUUACAUAGUUCUUGAUUACAACUCUUCUUGAUUAGAACUGGAACCAUUUCUUUAAAAGUUUUUACCAUGAUAGUCACCAACUCACUUAAAAAUGGGUAGGAGUUAAAUAAGUUUACUUAACUUAAAUGAAAUGUUACCUGUAUUUCUUUAAGGACACAUUAUCAUAAAUUUUAAAAACUAGAAUCCCUCAAUCCUUUUUUAUCUAAAUUUAUUUUAAACAAAAAUCUAUUAAAAGUGAUCACAGUUUGACUAAUAUAAAUAUAAAUUUUGCAAGUGUUAAAUGAGUAAGGAAAUCUAAAUAAUAAAAGAAAAUAAGAUUUUGUGAAAGCUGUAUUCAAAGUAAACUGUUUUAUCUGACGUUAUAAUGGUGGAGGAGCUCUGUCCAAGAAAAUACCAGAACGAGGGGAGGACCGCAUGUGUUUUCUCAUUCUAUAAUAUACUGUGUAUUUUUCAUGUGAAAAAAAAAAAAAAAAAAACACUGGAGUCAAUGUCACAUUAGGAUCAUAAUAAAAAUAUCUUCAUUAGAUGCACUUUAUUAAAAGUAAAAAGAAUAAUAUGGAAUGAUAAAAGUAAAAGUAGAGUUUGAUUUCCAUUGCACAUCAGAGUUUAUCAUUCUGUAUGCAUGACAUCAUGCAGAAAUGCUCUCGUGCUGAAUUUACUCUGCUGAAUUUGACA